GAGAGGGGGUGACUAAGCCGGAACCACCUGCAAUCACGGCCGCGAGACAGCAAUCGCAAGGCUUGAAGGAACAUCUGGUCCCCUCCCAAAAAGCCAGUGUUCAAAGAUUAAUCCUGUAUUAUAUACUUGAAUUAAUACAUUCAUUCUUUGCUUGCUCUUGUUCUUCUGCGGAUCGCGCGUACCCUUCAUUAUGAAGCUCGUCCGGUUUUUGAUGAAGUGCGCCAAUGAGACGGUGACUAUUGAGCUGAAGAAUGGCACAAUUCUCCAUGGCACGAUCACAUCGGUCUCCCCGCAGAUGAACACUGCUCUGCGCACUGUGAAGAUGACCCCCAAGGACCGUGACCCUAUCUCCCUCGACACCAUCAAUAUCCGAGGCUCCACGAUCCGCUAUUACAUUCUCCCGGACAGCCUGCCACUGGAUACCCUCCUCGUCGAUGAUCAACCCAAGCCCAAGAACAAGGCACGCAAGGAAGCCGAUCGCGGCGGUCGUGGUGGCCGUGGUGGCCCCCGUGGCGGCAGAGGUCGCGGUCGUGGACGUGGACGUGGACGUGGAUUCUAAAAAGGCACAUAGACUGUGGCUAGGAGUUCUUUCUUCUUUCAGAUUUGAUUCGUUUUGGGUGAUAUCUGCGAUGGUUUCAUUUUGCACCUCGAGGGCUCAGCUUCUAUUCCUUUGUGCGAUGGGCGGGGGGGAAAAGAAAGAGGAGAGUUCUAAUUUACCUUUUUUUUUUCUUUCUUUUUUCACAUAACUUGUCAGAUUCUGGUCGUAUGCAUCGGCUGCAGCGGGGAAUCGUCGAAACCAGUGAGACUACAGUUCCUCACAAGCUGUUGUUUUGGCGCAAUCGACAGACACAGCCAUACCUCGAGUUUCGUACAAGCUCAAGGCAUGAUGGGCUCUUAUCGAGGGAAGUGGGCUCCAUCACGCAUGAACGACGAAGCGAGAUGAUCGGACAUUGCGGGUUGAUACAUGUAUGUGGGAGGACUGAUGGAUAGCUAUCCAAAGAAGGGUGUUAUAGUCUGAUAUACGAGACAUGUAACCGAUAUCGCGCAGAAGUACAAUAAACCUUGGCAAAGACAAUAUCGUCCUUUUCGUAGAGCAUCCUCCAAAGUCGUCAGUCAUACCGGUCAUUAGUCUAUUAUUCUACCGUCCACAUCUAUACCUGUAGCAUCAGAUCACGCCGCCUCCCUCCAUAUGCGAACGAUAACCAACUUCUCCCACC